ACCGUUAAAACCCUCUUUCUGUCUCGGGGUAGCGGCAGUUUGUGAAGCCCCCCUCGUUACUUUGACUCUCCCAGGGUGUGACAGGAAAAGAGAGCCAAGAUGUCGGAGAAAAAGAUGUCCACGAGUCGGAGGCAUCAGCUGAAGAGCUUGAUGCUGUCCAUCGCUAAGGGCUUGCUCCAGGCCGAGGAACUGGAGAUCCAGGAGGCCAGGCUGAAGUACAUGGAGGAACACUGCCCCCCACUGACCUUACCUGAAUCAAUGCAGGAACUUCAGGACUUGUGUAGGAAGUUCAAUCAGAGUAUCGAGAGGGUGGACGAUGAAAGAUACGACAUGCAAAGCAAAGUGGACAAAUGCGCUAAAGAGAUUGAGGACAUGAAGUUUAAAGUGAUUGAUCUGAAGGGCAAGUUCCAGAAGCCGGCCCUGAGGAAGGUGCGCAUGUCUGCCGACGCCAUGCUCCAGGCCCUGCUGGGUUCCAAGCACAAGGUCAACAUGGACCUGAGAGCCAACCUGAAGCAAGUGAAGAAGGAAGUGAAAGAGGAGGAUAAGGAAGCAGUUGGUGACUGGCGUAAGAACAUUGAGGACAAGGCUGGCAUGGGCGGCAGGAAGAAGAUGUUUGAGGGAGAGGCUUAGAUUCAUUCUGAUGCUGGGUUCAUAGCUGCCAUCUUGAAAUGCUCAUGUUAGCCGAAUAAUACUGUAUUUGGACUCUCUCUUCAUUCAUACUCUUAUGUGUACAUGAUUAUCUUUUUUUUAAUUGCUGCAUUGUUGACACAGAUUAGUUUUUGGGGAUGAAGUCCUCUGUACUGAAAAAAUUUACCAGGAAAAUGUUACUCCGAAAUACAAUUCAAGGCUGACUUUUGCAAGGCUUCACUGUUAAUAAAUAAAUAACUUAAAGGAAUC